AUCGCUGCAAUUACGGACCAAAGCUUCCUAAGUUUGUUGCUUUUUCCCCUGCUUAAUUGAUUUUUAUUUCUCUCUCAGAUCGAUCCGAAGAUUCAAGAACAGAAAGAAAAACAUUGAUCAAUCUUCUUCUGUUCCUCUGUUUUUCUCCCAUAUUAGUUGACCUAGGUGAAUAACCCAAAUCAGAUCAAUGGGUAUUUUACUUUGCUGUCUUCGUGUUCCGGAGCAAGGUAAUGAGUCUCGAAACGUACCCAGAAUCACAGCCUUCAGCCACCCAAUAAUGAAUAACUUUCCCCUCAAGUACGAGCAACUAUCUCGAAACCUGGAAAGAAGGGAAUUUUCCUCUGUCGCUAACAGAGAAGAAGACGUUUGUCCGACAUGUUUCUAUGAGUACGCUGAGGAUAAUCCGAAAACAGUUCUACAAUGUGGACAUAUCUUUCACCUUGCCUGCAUCUAUGAAUGGAUGGAGAGAAGUGCAGCUUGUCCCUUUUGUUCCAAGACAAUGCUUUUCUUGGAGAAUGAAAUUACAGAGCAGGUGGACUAACUAUAAGAGAUAUCCUUAGAUUCUUGGCAAAAAAUUCCUUCAUCACCAAUUCUUUCUUAAUUUAUGUUGUAACUAAAUUUUUAUAGAUUUUGGAAGACUUCUGCCAGAUUCUUUUUGGCUUGUAAUUUGGAAAAAUGAUAAGCUAUUUAUAUGUGGUACUUAAUCAAUUUAUAUGUGAUAAAAUCCAUUUGGGAUAAGGGCUGGGUUGAAAAUGUACCUUUAUCUCUCAGUCUAUUCC